AUGGAUGAUUAAACUAUAACUAAUUGUGCAAUAAAAGAAAAAAAUAUAGAAAAAUUGUGUAGGUUAAUACCAGACUCAUUAACUGAAGAACUCAAAUAUGCCCUUAAACAUUCUGUAGAAAAUUUAUUCAAUGAAGAAGCAGAUUUAGAUAAGCUUUAAGAAUAUAUCACUUAAGUUCAUUCUGAUGACCUAAAUAUCUAAUAUUAAGGGUUAAAUAGAAAUCGAAAACUAUUGAAUAAUUCUCAAUUAGCAUUACCAAAAGAAUAACUAAUUGAAAUUUUACUUCAAAAUAAUUUUUCAAUAAAAAUUUUUCAAAUAGCCAUAAACAGCAAGAUUCAAUUGUUGUAAUAUGAAGCGCUUUGGAUUAUUUAUAAUAUUGUGUGUGUAACAUAAUAAGAAAUGUAAAAUAUUAUUGUUAAUAAUGGAAAUAAUAUCCUUCUCUUAGUUGAUGAAUCUUAACUUGAUGAAAUCAUUGAAUUAGUAAUUUGCAUUUUAGCUAAGAUUUCUGGCGAAAGUGUUUAAUUUAGAAAUAUGCUUAUAGAGAAAGGAAUUGUUGAACAAUUACUCAAAUUAGCCCCAUGCUAUCAAUGGAAUAAUCCAGAUAUUUUUACAGCAAUAGUAUGGACUAUGGCUAACUUAGCGAAAUAAAAACCUAUUUUUAUUAAGGUAUAUUAUUUACUUGAGAAAAUAGCCUAGUAAGUUAUUAACAUAAAUUCUUUCAGAACUAUUAUCUUCAAUUGAAGAUGAAACCCAGAUAAUGUAUGCUUGUUGGGGAUUGAAUUAUUUAAGCGAUAAUGAUGAUGGCCAAUAAUAUUUUUCAAUAAAACCACCAGUUAUUCAAAAAUUAACUUUAUUACUAAAUUCCAAAAAUGAAUCUCUUAUAAUUCCAGCUUUAAAGACUAUAGGAAACAUUUUGACAGGAAAUGAAGUGUAAACAGCUAAGGUUUUGAACACUGGAGUCUUAAAACCGUUUGAAAUGUUACUAUCAUAAAAUUACAGUGAAGUAAUUUAAAGAGAAGUAAAAUCAAGUUUAUAUUUAAGGUUUGUUGGUCUUUGUCUAAUAUUGUUGCUGGUACUUCAGAUUAAGUGAACUAAAUUCUCAAAAAUGAUUCACUCUUAAAAGCCCUAUUUAGAUAAUUUUAAUAGGGGGACUCUAAAAUCUUCAAAGAAAUGUCAUAUUUUCUAUCUAAUUUAAUAAAUUAUACAGAUUUAAAAAGUAUAGACCAAUUUUUAACAUAAUAUGAUUGCUUUUAAAAAAUAUCAAUCAUGCUAGACAUGGAAGAUGAAACAAUAAGAAGAAUAAUUCUAGAAGGAAUUUUGGAAUUUUCAAAAAAAAGUAAAAAUUCAAUCAUAUUAAGUCUAAAUAAAUGCAAAAUUAUAGGUAUAUAGGUAAUUGAUGCAUGAUUCAAAAAUUAUUGACAAAGUUAAAAUAAUGUAAAAUUAUGUUACAGAUGAAAUUUCUGAUUAGGCUAACCAAAUUUUGAAGACUUUAGAUUUGGAAGAAAUUGUUUGA